ACAUUGUAUAGAAGUGACGUUUACAAAAUUUUGUUGGUGUCUUUAAUUUUGCGAAAAAUUUGCCACGCAUAAUGGGGGAUGCACAAACUGCAGAUGUAGAAACGGGCCAAGCCAGUCCUGGGGAAGAAGCCCAGCCUGAAGUGGACCGGCGUCUAUUUGGCGGCCUAGAAUUCCAAGUAUCCGAAGUUGUCGGAAGAUUAGAAGCAGUAGUAAAUGCCCAAGACUCAGAAGAUGCAGUGGACGAAGAAAAAAAGCCGGAACUGCGAAAAGUUAGCGGAAGUGUGUUUGAACCGGAAGAAAUGGCUAUGGACGAGAUAUUAAAGGUCUUAGAGGAUCUGGUGCUGAAGACAGACCCUAGUUGUGAAAAUACGGAGCCGCCGUUACUGCCGACAGAUUCUGUAACUCGUGCAGCCAUUCUAUCGCACAGUAUUUCAGCGUUGUUUGGAAGAUUGGAACGAAGUCAUGCCGCCAGGCUCGGUGCUCACAUAGCGAGUGAAACGACUCUUUGGAUGUCACACAUGUUUAGGUUGUCAGACUACAGUGCAUAUUACCAUCAAGAGCAAAUGGAAGGGCUUGUGAGAGUCACAAGGAUGCUGCUUCACCAUAGAUACCCACGCUAUUUGGAAGAUGGAGCAUUAGCGUUUGCAAGCCGACUGCCAUGCAUCUACAGUUGCGUCGCCAGCCCCCUCGGAGUGGUCCAGCACCUGUGUAGACAGCUGGGUCUGCCGCUGGCCUGUGUGAGACCAGUACCUGUUGAUGUAGCUGGUCGAGGUAUGGAUACAGAAGCGCUAGACAAGCUGUGCGAAGAGGACAUAACAAGCAACCGAACCCCACUACUCGUUCUCGGUGAGGUGGGCGGCCCCCCACUGGGCGCUGGGUCACAGUUGGGCCCACUCGCUGACGUGUGCAAAAAACGUAACAUGCAUUUACAUGUUAGGGGACACGCUUUGGCGUUGCCCGCUGCUUUGAACAGAGAUCAGACAUAUAACAUAGCAGAUUCACUCACAUUAACUCCCGGGUUAUGGUUUGGCGUGCCCGGAUUGCCAACUGUUACAUUUUAUAGAGCACCAGAGCCAAUAACAGCUAACGAUCACUCUAAGGGCGUGAAUGCGGCGGGCAGCCGCGAAGGCACGCUGUGCGUGGUGGCCGGGCUGUGCAGCGGCGCGGCGCGGCUGAGCGCGCUGCCGCUGUGGACGUGCGCGCGGGCGGGCGGCGCCGCGCGCCUCGCCGCGCGCCUCGACGCCGCCUUCCGCUCCGCGCGCGCCGCGCGGGCGCUGCUCGCCAGCGCCGGCCUGCGACUGCUGAGUGAAAGACCAGGAGGGGAUGAACCACCAAAUGUUGAUAUAGUGGAAGCAAUAAGCCAAGCGUCAGCGUGCGUAGCCUUUCAAUUCGCGCCCCCCGGUGUGGAGAAACCACCGCCGUAUUACGAUAAAUUGAAUUCGUGGCUCGGUCAGGUGUUGCAGCGGGAAGCGGAUAUGAUACACAUAGAAGUGUGCGAAACGGAAGCGUACGGCGUGGUCCUCCGCUACUGCCCGCUGGAGGGCUCGCUGCUGGAGGAGGACAAGCUGGACGCGUGGGCCGGCGUGCUGGAGGCGCAGCUGCACGUGCUACACGCCACCGUCGCGCUGCGCGAGCCCUUCCAGGCGCGCGUGGCGCAGCACCCCGCGCUGCGGCUGGUGCACGUGCCCGGCUGGGCGGGUCUCGGCGGCGUGAGAUACAUUCCACCUGGGUGGGAAGACGCGCCAACGGAAGAAUUGAACUCGCUGAACAGAAAACUGGUGCACACGCUGCGGGCGACGGACGGAGCGUUCUCGUGCGGCGAGGGGGAGGACGGCAUGUUUUGUGUUAGGUUUGGAAUGGUAACAGCGGACACGGAUGUAGACGAAUUACUGGAAUUAGUUUUAUCUGCGGGAAAAGAAGUAGAGGAGAGUUCUAAGGUGCUCACCGACAUGACUGAAGUAUUGAAAAAAGGUAUCGAAGCGGCCCAAGAAGAGCUGGAGCGCGAGGCGUGGCAGGAGGGGCUGCUGCGGCGCGUGCCCGUGGUGGGGCGCGUGGUGUCCUGGUGGGCGCCGCCCCCGCCGCCCGCCGGCCGCCGCCUGCUGCUCACGCACGGCACGCUGCAGAGCACGCGCGACAUGUACAGCUGCGUGAAAAGAGACAAGGCAGAGGAGCCUGCGCGUGCGCACUCGCCGACGCGGCAAGAGAGAUCGGAAUAGCCCGGGGCCAGCACUCACACAACAUGCCAAAGGCGCUAAGCUAGUGUUAAGUUAUCACCUCUAGGUGUAAAAUGAUUUGUUCUCGUCACGAUAAUAAAAUUUACUUUUAUGUGAAGUAUCGGUCUAGGAACCUGUGCACUAUAUAGGUUAUUCUUAUUCACACUGUUAUCAUUUAAAUUUAAUUUUUUUCCUGAUAAGUGAGAGGACAUUCUGUUCUGUUUUGAAUUUGUCUGAGUGAUACAUUAUUAAGUUUCACAAUAUAAUGGAAAUUCUAGGACAUACGUCAUACUUUGGAGAUGGGUAAAAUUUCAUGAGUUCAAAUUCCAAUGUAGAAAUUUCGAUAUAGAUAUCUUAAUUCAUCUCUCAUAUGUAUUUACUUGUCCAUAAAAACAUAUAUUUAUAAUUUAAUGUUCAUUAUUGAAUCAUAUUCCAAUAAGAUAUAUAAUAAUAAAUAUAUAUCUUAUUGGAAUAUGAUUAUUGAUAUAGAAUAUUCCUCCCAUUUCCGUCCGGCCCUACUUGGGUGGCUCGGAUGUAACUCUGUCUGUCUCUUCACGCCUAAAUCAUUCAAUCGAUUUCGGUGCGUUUGACACAAAUUUACUUUUCAGACCCGAAAAAGGGUAUAGGAUAGUUUUUAUCCCCGUAAUCCCAAAGGAUCAGGAACUAUGCAGGUAAAACCCGGGCGGAAGCAGCUGUUUUUAGCUUACAGCUUCAUUUUUAUUUUAUUUUAUAUACUAAACAUCCCGGUUAAUAUAAUUUUAUUGCAGGUUAGUUUAAGGCAACCUGCGUAUGUACCUUUUUAGAUGACGUCAUCACAUUACAGCUAAGCUAGCUUACACUUACACUUAAGGAUCUCUGCCUAUUUAAUACAAAUGGAAAAAAAAAUAUAGACAAUUAUCAUUGAGUUUCCACUGAGCAUUUAUUUAAAUAAAUAAAGAGACUGUAGUUCUUUACUAUUUCGGAUUUUUUUUAUUUAUUAUUUUAAUGUUAUAUUAAAUUUCGCAGAGCGAUAAAUUGUUUCAGCGAUAAGAUCAUGAAAAUAAAUAGAAUACAGUGAAUUAUAAUUUAAUGCAGCAUAUAUUUAUUGAAAAAUUCAAUUUUCGAAUAAUAAUUGAAACUUUUUGGAUUUUUUUUUUUAAUUAAGUGACAUUCAAAUUUUACGUUUAAGAUUAAGAAAAAUAAUUAACCAUUAUAGUAUUAUGAUAUUUGCUUUGUCCGAUAAGAGUGCAUUGGGGGUAUUAAAGGGAAUUUAAACAAACUAUUAUAAAUGUAUGAGUAUAUCUCUUCACACCUAAUCCAUUGAACCGAUUUAGAUGAAAUUUGGUAAGAUGAAUUGGUAAACAAAGUGUAGAGAACGUCGCUAUGUCCAUUUUUCUUUUGACUGCACGGAAAGCCGCAGGCAGACAGCUAGUUUUACUAUAUAAACGUUAAGCAUUUAAAUAAACGUAAGUUAUUGGUAAAAUGUGAUAAAAAAUAAAUUAAAAAUGUUCUGGCUAUUCCCAAUGAAUCUUAGUAUUGUAUAAAUCUUUUUCUAGUAUACGUCGAUUACAAUUUUAUAUAAGCGAUUAUUACCAUAUUUUUUUUUUCAAACAACUGCCAUAUGUACUAGCCCCAAGGCACCAAAGUAUGAUGGUUACAUUUAUAUAAUAUUUAUACGUAUUCAAUUCGAUAAGGUAGGUUUAGUUCUAGCAUUUAUAAAGCGAUUUAUGUUCAAAUAUGUAAUUUAGAUGUCAUAGAGCCAACUUUU